AUGGGCAAUUGCGCAACCUGUGAUGAUCCAAAUCAAUAUGAAUCUCGCAAUGAACUCAAACCAGCAAGGAAGGUACCUGACAAUUAAGAAAACUCGAAUGUCAAACCAAAAUCAUAACAAUCCUCUCAAUUAGUUCAACACAUUAGAUCCGAUCUCAAAACACUAACUUCUAUGCUUGCUAUAUGUAAUUCAUUCACUCUAGAAGCAUUAAAUAGGGUUGGUCCCUAUUAAUACGACGACCCAACUGAGGAUAUAUUCGCCCUCCCUUAUUCUGGAGUGUUGGAAAUUGAAACUAAUGUGUACUACGAAGGACAGUGGAAGAACGGGAUGAGAUAAGGCAGAGGCAAAUAGCAUUGGGCUGAUGGUUCUGUUUAUGAAGGUUACUUUGCUAAGGAUAUGGCUAACGGAAAAGGAAGGUUGAUUCAUGCUGACGGAGAUGUCUACAUUGGAGAAUGGCUCAAUGACAAGGCUCAUGGCAAAGGAACCUACUUUCAUAAAGAUGGAGCAUCCUAUGUAGGAGAGUGGUUUGAAGAUAAAUAACAUGGUUUUGGAUUAGAAAAAUGGGCUGAUGGAGCCAUGUAUGAAGGUGACUAUGAUAUGGGUUUAAAACAUGGAAUUGGUACAUUUACUUGGAGCGAUGGUAGUACUUACACUGGAGAGUUUGCUCUCAAUAAUAUUCAUGGAAAAGGAGUUUAUAAAUGGGCAGAUUUUAGGGAGUAUACUGGAGAUUGGAAAGACAAUAAAAUGGAUGGAAAUGGUAUUUUCACUUGGAAGGAUGGUAGAAAAUAUAAAGGAUAAUAUUUCGAUGAUAAGAAGCAUGGUUUCGGUGAGUUCUUUUGGCCAGAUGGCAGAAUGUACAAAGGAUUUUGGAAGGAUGGAUAAUAACAUGGUAAAGGAGUGUAUAGAGGAAGUAAUGGCAUUGAAAGAGAAGGAGAAUGGGAAGAUGGAAAGAAGAUAAGAUGGCUAGAUGAAUGA